CACGUGACUCGACGCUUUUGACGUCGCCGAGGGCCCGACCGUUUUCUUUCUGAAGCCGGACCACAAUGGACGGUCGCUACGGAGAGUACGGAGACGAUGAUGCUUGGAACGCAGGAGGAGACGAUGGUCAAGGGUAUGAUGGCUAUGAUUACAAUUACAACCAAGAUAAUUCAGAAAAUUAUUCAGGAAAUUAUGGCUAUAACUCUGGCAAUAAAGCUUGGGAUGCUCCUAAAAACACUAACACAGAUUCCAUCAUCGCUAAGAUCAACCAACGUCUGGACAUGCUCUCUCAGUUAGAGUGUGAUAAUACACCAGGUCGCUCUUCAGGCCAACACAACAGGUUUACACCUUAUGAGUCCUAUGACUCCAGGUCUUCAAUGAAUGACCAUGAUCCGUACAGAUCUGGCUACGGCUAUGGUUACGGUGAUUCUGGACCUAAUUAUAACGAUUCCUAUGGAGGUCACUAUGACCACUACGACAACUCCUACGGGACUCGCAGAGAUCAGUACCACAACAGAGCAUAUAGUAGUCAACGGGGUCAGAAUUGGUCUAGAGACUGGGCUCCAAAUAAGAGAGCAAACUGGAAUGACCCCUACAUGCAGCCUGGAGGUUCCAGGCGGAUGUCUGGACACUGGAAUGAGCCAAUGGGAGGCAGAGGCUUCAAUGCUGCCUCCUCCACCAGAAACCUCCCUUCACUCUUCUCCCCAAACAUUAUCCCCAUGGACCUGUUCCGAGCUCAGGGCUCGGCAAGAGCGUUUGGUGGCAGACUGAGAAGGAGGGACAAGAAUCGAAACAGAGGCAGGAAGAAGGUUAUAGGUGGUCCAGGUAGGAAGAGGAAACAGUCAACAAGUAGCACUGAAGAUCCUGAAAACAAACAAGCUAAAACAGAUGAUGGUGAAGAUUCUGAUGCUGAAGACAAGGAAGAUGAUGGGGCUGAAUCAGGUGGUGAGGACAAGGACUCAAGUGAGAAAGGCGAGAAGAAACCAAAGCGUUUUCCUACUAUGCAAGAGAAGAAGAAGACCGGCAAGCCCAAGAAGAAUCGAGACCGCCUCGCAGAGAGGAUAACAUAUGCCUGUUCAGUCUGUAAGUUCCGUACAUUUGAAGAUGAGGAGAUUGCUGCUCACAUGAAGAGCAAGUUUCACAAAGAAACUUUAAAAUUCAUUGGGACCAAGCUUAAACCUCAGACUGCUGACUUCUUGGAUGAGUAUAUCUCUAACAAGAAUAAAAAAACGCAAAAACGUCGGGAGCAAAUCGGAGAUGAAACUAUUCUGAAAAAGCAGCUGAUGCAGCAACAUGAUGUACUCCAAGGCAUUGGUAUGGAACAAUGCAUGAAAAAGGUGGAGGCAGCUCAUUGUAUGGCUUGUGAGCUGUUCAUCCCUAUGCAGACUGGCUUCAUUGGGCAGCACUUAAGGUCAGCUGAGCACAACAGAAACCGCAAAAUGGCAAUUGAGAGAGCCAAAAAGGGUAGCCUUGUUAUUGCUAAGAGUAUUCUGAAUAACAGCAACAUUGCAACAAUGCUAGAGAAGUAUGUCAAGGGUGAGAAACCAUUCACUGAUGAUCCAGAUGACAAAGAUGAAGAAGAAGGUGGCAUGCAAGAAGGUGAUGGUGAGGGUGAUGGGCUCAAUGACAGCAUGAAUGAUGGAGAGAAGAGAGAGGGCGAAGAAGGAGAAGGUGGUGAAGAGGUUGAAGGUGGUGAUGGUGAACAGGAUGAUGGUGAAGAACAUGCUGAGGGUGAUGAAGGAGAAGAAGCAAUAGAUAGACCUGAGGAUGCAGUUGAUGCUGCAGAUGAAGAAAUGGAGGCAGAGGGAGAGCCUGAAGCUGAAAUGGAAGACUUGGGAGAGGGAGAGGAUGAUGUGACUGAAAGCAAGGACCCUGAAGAGCCUUUUGAAGCUGAUGAAGAUAAGAUUCUAGAAGGAGAGGAUGAUGCAUUGCCAUUUGACACAGAGUUAGAGUAAAUUUAGUGACUUGAUAAACAGAUGUGGAUAAAUGAUUAUGUUCCCCAGUCAUUCACUAAAACUUAUACUAGUUUUAACGUUUCUCAUUGUUUGACCUGCUAGUAGAUUUGUGUUAUUGCUGUACUUGAGUUCCAGCUGAUUGUUUCAUGAGUCUAGUAAAUGCUUCCUAUGUACUGUGCUGAAUGGCUUUUCAUGAUGUAGACCAUAAGCUCUCCUGAACCUUUGUGUGAAACAUUUUACAAUAAACAUUCUUUCUAUAA